AUGACAGGGGCGAUCAUGGAUGUGAUCCUCGCAGAAGUCGAGGAUGAGAUUGCGGGAAUGAUGUGCGACUCCUACGGCAACUACCUCUGUAGUGCAGCAUUUCAGGCAUGCUCUCCCAGGCAGAGAAAGCGGAUCCUUGAGAAGCUCUCACCACAAGUUGCCGCCAUCGCGUGCGACAAGCGUGGGACACAUGCUCUGCAGGCUCUCAUUGGCUUGCUGCAGCUCGAAGAGGAACAGCAGCUGCUGAUGAACGCUAUCAAGAGCCGCGUCAUCGAACUGAGUAUGGAUCCAAACGGCACGCACGUGGUCCAAAGGCUUCUUUGUUGCUUUCUCCCUUCAGUCACAGAGUGGAUCUACAUUGCCAUCAAUGAUCGAAUGAUCGAAGUGGCGCAUCACCCGUACGGGCUGUGCGUGCUCAAGAAGUGCAUAUCGCAGGCGAAACCAGCCUCAAAGCACCAGGACAUGCUAUUGAAGCAGCUUGCCCGACAUGCAAUGGAUUUAGUCCAGAGUCCUUACGGGAACUAUGCGAUCCAGCAUGCGCUGGAGGAGUGGGGAGGCAACUGCUGCCAGCCGAUUCUGCACAAGCUAGAGGGCCGGAUGAUGCAGCUUAGCAUCCAGAAGUUCUCCUCCAACGUGGUUGAAAAGCUUUUCUGCUCGGCGCCAGCGGACUUCCGCGACCGCUUCAUCGCGGAGCUCGUCGAAAGCGAGAAGAUGUCAGUUUUGGUCAAUAGCAACUAUGGGCACUAUGUUGCCAAGCGAGCUUUGCAAAUGGCUACUCCUGAGCAGAGUCGUGCACUCCUUGAGGCAAUCAAGGCCAACCUGUCAAUAUUGCCGAACCGUCGGUUGCGAGUGAAGUGGGAGAAGGUCAUGAGCGGGCAAGGUGAUUUCGAUGACGAUGAUGUGCCAGAUACACUGAAACCUGCCAUGCCACAGCCUCAAAAGGCUUCUGUCAAGCGCCGCAGUGCAAGGCCUCGGCGCGGGAGAGGAGACGUGGGAGUUGCAGAACAGUAG